AAAAACUCAUGCUAGUGUUGACUUUGAAACUAAUCAAAUUAGAUUAAGAUAUUUAGCCAGGAUUAUCAUUGUACCAAUUACUUCAAGUGUAAAUAAAACACCAUUAAGCUACCAACCUAACCUUGAUCAACAUGAGGAUGAAUUGAAAUAA